UUGACAGCGAGGCUUGUGCCACGUUUGGAUUUUCAACUGGGUGAAAAUGGUCUCUAUCUUGAACACAGUGGAUACCUCACAUGAGGAUAUGGUGCAUGAUGCCCAGUUGGAUUAUUAUGGUAAAAAGCUAGCAACUUGUUCAUCAGAUAAAACAGUCAAGAUAUUUGAGACUAGUGGCUCACAGCAAACGCUUGUUGCUACUUUAAGAGGUCAUGAUGGCCCAGUUUGGCAAGUUAGUUGGUCACAUCCCAUGUUUGGAAAUCUACUGGCAUCAUGUUCUUAUGAUAGGAAGGUUGUUAUAUGGAAGGAAUCAAAUACAGGGUGGACAAAGUUACAAGAAUUCUGUAACCAUGAUUCAUCAGUAAAUUCAAUCUGCUGGGCUCCACCAGAGUAUGGAUUGAUUCUGGCUUGUGGAUCAUCAGAUGGUUCAGUGUCCAUUAUAUCUAGUCCAGCAACUAAAGCUGGUUUAGUUGAAAAGAGAUUUGUCACUGGUGGAUGUGACAAUUUGGUCAAAAUCUGGAAGGAGGUUGAUGGACAGUGGACAGAGGAAGAUAGACUUGAAGCUCACAGUGACUGGGUUAGAGAUGUAGCCUGGGCUCCAAAUAUUGGUCUACCAACAUCAACUAUUGCAAGCUGUUCUCAGGACUGCCGUGUCAUAAUUUGGACAAGAAAUGAGGAGGGUGAUGAGUGGACAUCAAAGGUGUUAAAGAAAUUCAGUGAUGUAGUUUGGCAUGUUAGUUGGUCAGUUACAGGAAACAUCCUAGCGAUAUCUGGUGGUGAUAACAAGGUAAGCUUAUGGAAAGAGUCUCUCGAAGGACCAUGGGUUUGUGUCAAYGAUGUCGAUAAAGGUCAAGGUCAAGAGCAAAUUGAAUGAAAAACAAACAAUAUUGCAGAAAGAGAAAAAUACAUCACGUAAAGUAUGGAUUGCAGGAAAACAUGGAAGAAUAUUAACGAAACAAGGAGACAUGAUAGCUGGAUAAACCUCAUAAACAUCUUUUAUUCCUGAUAAAAAUCAAAAUUGAACACRUUCCUUUCAUUCUCAAACUUUAUAAUCCUAAAGACAAGAAUAGUGAAAUAGCAUGAGAUUAUUGGUUGAAGACAAAUUCUCUAUACAGAAUUCUUUCCAUUGUUCAUGYUCAGGUACUAGUGGUAGGAUGCAUGGAAUUCAAGAACUCUAGAAGACCAAAAAUGCUUUAUAUUUAUUUUACUGCUGGAUGCAAGAAAUUGGCACAUUUUUGUCUUCAAAAUAAUAUCAUUGUACACUGUAAAAAAGAAGAAACUCCCAACUUUGUAUUUACAAAAAUAUUAAGGUUUUUAUGAUGUGAACUAGAAUCGAAAUAAAAAAUUUAWUAGAAGUA